AUGGAUACCAACAACAACAAGAACAAAAACUAUAACACCUCUCCACUCUCUCAUCAUCAAAACAAACCCAUCAUUCAUGAAUUCGAUUUUUUCUCUCUAAAUAGCACCAACCAUGCAUCUACUUCUGCGCCUCCCUCUCAUCAUUACACCCCCUCUUCUCUUCCUGAAUUCAAAGUAAACACUAGUUUGAAUCUUCUUACCACAAACACAAGCAGUGAUGAAUCCAAGGUGGAACCUGACAUAUCAACUAAUUCGGAAGACAAAAAAGUUGUUGAUCUUCAAGCUGAGCUUGAGAGAAAGAAGGCCGAGAAUCACCAGCUGAGGAACAUGUUUGAUGAGGCUAAGAUGAAUUACGAGGCGCUGCGCAUGCAUAUGUUGAGUUUGAUGCAGGAGGAGAGAAAGGUAGAGGAUUGUAAAGAAGAGGAACAAGAUGUUGCGAAUGACGAUGAGGAAGGUUCUAAGGAUGAAGAAGUUUUGUUUGAUCAUGAUAACAAGGAAUCUGAUCGCGGAAAUGAAAGAAAUGAUAGUCCUUCAAACCAAGUUUUAGGUGCUAAUAAUAAUGAUACUAAUAAUGUUUCAAAUUUUAGUCCUCAAACUAAUGUGGAAGAAGCUGAGGCAUCAAUGAAGAAAGCAAAGGUUUCAGUUCGAGCUCGAUCUGAGGCUAAUAUGAUCAAUGAUGGGUGUCAAUGGAGAAAGUAUGGACAGAAGAUGGCGAAAGGAAAUCCGUUUCCUCGAGCUUAUUAUCGAUGCACCAUGGCUUUAAAUUGUCCUGUGAAAAAACAGGUACAAAGGUGUGCCGAGGACAAAUCGAUAUUGGUAACAACAUACGAAGGAAAUCACAACCAUGCUUUGCCACCAGCAGCUAUAGAAAUGGUACAACAAACAUCAUCAGCUGCAAGAAUGUUACUAUCAGGACCAAUGACAAGUCCUGAUGGACUAAUGAAUCCAAAUUUUCUCACAAGAACAGUGUUUCCUUCUUCUUCAAGCAUUGCAACUAUUUCGGCAUCAGCUCCAUUUCCAACCAUUACAUUGGACUUAACUCAAUCACCAAAUAAUCCAUUACAGUUUCCUACUCAGACAUUGUUUAAUCACUCACGAUUUUCAGGACUUCAAAUGUCUCAAGAUGCAGAAACUUCUCAAUCUCAACAGACAUCACAGAAUCUUACAGCUGAUCCUGACUUGACUGCAGUUUUGGUAGCUGCUCUUACUUGCAUGAUUGGGGCUCCACAACCAAACAAUAACAACACAAAAACCAAUAACAAUAAUGGAAAUGUUAUAUAA